AACUAGCUCACUCUUCCCAGCUGCUAAACGUAAGCAACGGGGCGCAAUGGCGAGCUGUCCACGUGGAGACUUCCCACUUCUACACCAACAAAGACAUCGACCGGCUCAUCAGCGACACAGAGGCGGCAGUCACCAACGACUUAGAGGGAGGAGACCGACAGAAGGCUAUGAAGAAACUCAGGGUCCCACCGCUGGGAGAACAGCAGAGCCCGUGGACGACGUUCAAAGUGGGCCUGUUUUCGGGCUCGUUUAUUGUGCUGUUUAUCACUGUUGUGCUGUCAGCGUUAUUCCACGAAGGUGCCACAGACAACUUCAAGACAGCUUUCCGAUUGUACCGAGGGCCGUUCCUUCUAGUAGAAUUCAUAUUCCUAAUUGGCAUAAACGUCUACGGCUGGCGGUCUUCAGGGGUCAACCAUGUAUUAAUCUUCGAGUUGGACCCCAGAAAUCAUUUGUCUGAGCAAGAUUUAAUGGAGCUUGCAGCGAUACUAGGGGUGGUCUGGGCACUGAGUAUACUCAGCUUUAUUUAUAGCGCGAGUCUCAGUAUACCUCCCUUUGUGAACCCACUAGCGCUAGUAGUAAUAAUGCUGGCCUUUCUUAUGAACCCUCUGAAGGUGUUUCGACAUGAAGCGCGGUUCUGGUUCUUGAGGAUAUGUGGGCGGAUUCUCGCGGCGCCAUUCGUGCCAGUGCUGUUCGCUGACUUCUGGCUGGCGGACCAGUGGAACUCCUUCGCGAAUGCAUUCCUGGACUUCCACUACCUCAUCGCCUUCUACGUGGCAGGCGGCGACUGGUUCAGCGUUAACAAUGCCUUCGAAACACAGCGCUGGUACAUAGUGACGCGAGCGGUCGUCAACAUAGUCCCGGCCUGGACGCGCUUCUGGCAGUGCCUGCGGCGGUACCGGGACAGUCGCGAGGCGUUCCCGCAUCUGGUCAACGCGGGGAAGUACUCCACUACUUUCUUCGUGGUGCUGUUCGCGACGCUACGGGGCAUUUAUAGUGAUCAAUACACCGACCCGUACGACAACCCGUUCCUAUACGCGUGGUUCGCGUGCCAACUGGUAUCCUCGCUGUAUACCUACACGUGGGACGUGAAGAUGGAUUGGGGACUGUUCAGUUGCGGACCUAACGCUGAGAACAAGUUUCUACGCGAGGAAAUAGUCUACAGCCCUGGGUUCUACUACUUCGCGAUAGUAGAAGACUUCGUGCUGCGCUUCAUCUGGACGGCGUCGUUCGUGCUAACCGAGAAUAAGCUCGUCGGCGCAGAGACCAUGAUCUCCAUUCUCGCGCCGCUAGAAGUCUUCCGGGCUGGUCCUUCAUCAUCUUCCAUCUUCGAGGGCAGACAAGAGAUUGGGAACCGCGGUUCACCCCCCCUGAAACUGCUGGUGCUGGUGGAUUGCAGAACGGAUCACGAACGCGUGCAAUACCUGAUCAGUAAGUUGUCUGGCCAGGCACGUUGCGUUUGUGCUGGAAUCGCACCGAACGCCAACAACUACGCGUUAAUGUGGCAGACCCUAGUGGAUAGAAACUGUUCUACGAAGCAUCAUACUUUGCUGUGCCGUCAGCGCCCGGCCGCGGGCUCGACGCGCCGUGACGUCAUCGAGACUGAUAACGGCGUGCGAGCCGUGCAGGCGACUGCGCGCGAGUGCAUUCCACAGGCAUCUGCCGAGCCUCGCACGUCGAGUUGCUUAGACAGCGCGGUCUCACAAAACAUCGCGUUGUGCAAUACCAAUAACCUGCCGCCCAAACCUAAACUCGACACAACUUGUUUACUUGGCACUGUGAAGGUGUUGGCCGCUGAUUCAAAUGGCAAUAUGCAUUCUUUACGCGCCAUGAUAGAUCCUGGCUCCCAAAAGCGGAAACUUGAUGCUAGUAUCGAGUUGCGCCAGGAAUACAACAAUAUAAUCCGCGAUUAUGUAGAUAACGGUUACAUCUCUCCGUUAAAUAGCA